AUGAGCAAGGGGAUGUGCUUUAAAUUUGCAGCGGAUCAGGAAGUAUUCACGUGAGAUACAGGUGGGGCGACAGGAUCAUAUUGUACUGGACAUAAACUAAAAAAAAGAUUGUCGAAAAACAAAGGAUUAUCAUUUACAGCUUCUGAAAAGAAACUUUACGCUAUCCCAACAUCUAGCUGAUCAUAAAAAAUCACUUUUUAAUUGAUUCUUCUCAUCAAUUUCCUUAAACACUUCCUUCGUAUAAAAUCUCCUCUCGCGUUCGCACCAACCUCGGGCGCAGUUCGAUACUACGAUUUGUCUCGCUCUCUUGGUGCCGCUGACGUGUUUGUGCAGUUCGUCUGUCCCGUCGAAAAAAUCAACUCUUAUUUUUUCGGUUCACGGUCCAUCAGUGCGGACUUUGAUCAGUGAGUGCCCAUUUAUGUUUCUUGUGCUUGAACAACCCAAUGUUUUCAUUUAAAUUUCAGAACUUUAGCGUUUUCAAGGUUUACUUCUAGUAGGGAGGGAUUUCUGGCUGCCUUUGGGGGAGUUUGGCGGCAAAUGUUUACUGUCGUUCCGCGAAAAUUAUAUUAUCCUUGAGGAAUAGGUAACAAGAAUUGAAAACCCCCUAAGAACUCCUUGUUUAUUCAUCUUGGAGGUCUUUUUGAAUAAACUCCGAGCUGACGGACAUGUUGAACGUGUUUCCGGACUGCAAGCCCUCGAAACCACGCCCCGUUUCGACGUCUGAUUUGGCGCUUUUUCAGCGAUGAAAAUUUUGGUUGGAGUCAAGAGAGUGGUCGAUUAUGCUGUCAAGAUCCGAGUAAAGCCUGACAAGUCCGGAGUUGUCAAGGAUGGUGUGGCCCAUUCUAUCAAUCCUUUCUGCGAGAUUGCGUUGGAGGAGGCCGUGCGGCUGAAGGAGGCCAAGAAAGCCAGCGAGGUUGUGGUUGUUUCCAUUGGAAAUGCCAAGUGUACGGUGAGUAGUUUACGAUUUUUGUUGUUUCUUAGGUUUUUAAAAGGGCGUAAGAGAUGUGAUUUAUUAUUUUUUUUGGGUUAGAACCCUGUAUUGACCCUUUCAUCUGCGGAUAUUCCCAAUUUUUCUUUUGGAGCAAGUGUAAGAUCGAAUUUUCGAUGUAAUGCGCAGAAUUCCAAUCUAAAAUGUUGAAAAAUGUUUCCGUAUGAUAGCUUGUCUUUUAUAUCUUCUAUUUUUAUAGGAGAACAUUCGGACUGCUUUGGCCAAAGGAGCAGACAAAGCAAUUCAUGUUGAAGUAGAUGACAAGACCGCCGAGAAGCUAGAACCUUUCCAUGUUGCCAAAUCUAUUGCUGAAUUAGUCAAGAGGGACAAGUAUGAUGCUGUCUUCCUCGGCAAACAAGCCAUUGAUGAUGAUGCCAACCAAACUGGCCAACUUUUGGCUGGUUUCCUCGAUUGGCCUCAAGCCACGUUUGCUUCAAAGGUCGAACAUGCCGAUGGAAAGUUGACUGUUACCCGUGAGGUUGAUGGUGGUCUUCAAACAGUGAAAGUGAAGUUGCCAGCUGUUGUAACGGCCGAUCUCCGUCUCAACGAACCUCGCUAUGCCACUUUGCCCAAUAUUAUGAAGGCCAAAAAGAAGCCGUUGGAAAAAAUUACCCCUGACAAAUUGGGAGUUGACUUGACUGUCCAAACUGAGAUCCUUGAGGCAAGUGGAAUGUUUCCCAAAAUUUUUAUUUGAAUUUUAGGUCACUGAACCUCCAGUCCGUCAAGCCGGAGGCUUCGUCGAGGAUGUACCAACCCUGGUGAAGAAGCUCAGGGAAAAAGGUGUGAUCGCCUAA